UUUGAUUGAAUCUCAUUUUUUAAAAAAGAAAAAAUCUUUUUCUUGAUUUGUGGGGGCCCCAAAAAUGUGGAGGCCCGGGGCCCGGGCCCCCUGGGCCCCCCCAUAAAUCCGGCUCUGAACAUAGGUUUAAUGGAUAUGUUACAAUGUUGUAGCCUAGCGCUGUUAACUUGCAAGAUCCAAAAAGCAGUGUUCCGAAAUUUAAUCAGCCUUUUUAGGAUUUCGUUCCUAUCGGACUUUCUAGACUCGAUCCCUAUUGCAAACUGUGAAAAACUUUACCAGAUUGUAACAUCAAAUAUAUCGUGGAUCAAUCCAAGCAGAAAAUUUUUCCUUCUCUCUUCACUUCUCGUAACUCUAGAAAACAGCUAUCGAAAGUAUAGUUUUCCGCAGAAUGCACACUGCAAAUUGUAUGCGCACGGAAUCGGCUGUCUGCAAAGUGUUGUUGCAGCUCAUCUCUUGCUGCGACCGUGAAAAUCGUGUCGCAUACUGCAAGAAUAUGGACCUGCCAAUGCGCCUGCCAGGGAAAACUGACGACAAUUGCAAAAAUAAACGACGCUGUUAGUUGCGCCUCGAUGACCCCGCAAGAAACUGCAUCUCUUUUCGGAUGUUGAUCAGCAGACCAUAAUGCAGCCAGAUUGCUUCCAGUCGCUUGGCGCCCGUUGUUGGCGAAAUGCUGCCUCUGUCGGGAAUAGUUUAUUUCGUAUUUGCUAUCGUCGUAGUGCCACUUGAGUUCGCGGGUGCUGAUUGGGUGGAGAUACCGUUCCUGCAACCGUCCACCACAACCCAGAAGACGACGGUCAUUCGAAAGAAUAGCAACCAAACCGCGCUUAUAGCAAACUCGAACAUCAUCAGUCACGUACUUCCAGCGGUGGGUGGUGUGCGGCCAAUUCUAACUGAAGCUGAACUUGAAUCCAGUGUGAAAGUACCUAAUUCUGACAAUCAACAUAAAUUGUAUCUCCGACCAUUUCAAAACCCAGUCACACCAGUUAGAAUAAGUAAUCUGGUGGACUUUGAUGAGUUUACUCGCAGAUCCAGUACCGAGAUAACGAGAGGCGAGAAAGUGACGACCGCUGAACCAAACGUAAACUUUCAAAAGUGGUUCUCUGAACAUAAACGAGCCAAUAUAUCCGCCGUUCUACCGUGGUCUUCUCUGUCCCAGGACAGACAUUCAUUUGUAACGACGGCUAACCGAACCGAACAUCCUCCAAUAGCCGGUGAAGAUCGUCUACCUCUGAGCAACAAGUACGAAGAGGAAUCCAUCGAGUAUCUGAAUCGGGAUGAUGUUGCGCCUCAUAGAGGAGCACAUGCAGUGCCAACCCAAAAUCAGCCCGUCAAUCAACGGCUGGAUUUUUCAGCGGAUGAUUAUGCCAGUGAAGAAACAGAACAAAACAAUUCUGCAGAAAGUGCUGAGUCGCAAGAUGAUGCAGAUCAGUUCGCCGAUUUCGAUGAUUACGAUCAGCAAUUCCAAAAUGCUAGUAAUUUCAAAAGAAGGCGACGACCGUUUAAUCGUGGACGUGUCACUAUCGUACGAGUUAUACCGCCUAGACGACGCUUUCGGCCGAAGGAAGCGAAUGGGGAUGGCUCUUUCGUGGGGUUUCUGCGAUUUCUCAAACGAAUGCAAGAUGGUUUUAUGCUGAAAACCGCAAAAAGCCUCGGUGACAAAAUCAAGUUGCUGACAAACCUGAAGGAUCAACUGCUUUUGAAUAUAGAAAGCCGCAUGUCGGCCCUGUGGGGUCGAGCACCAAGUUUUACUGGAGUUGAGAGCUCAGGAAAUCAACGACGAAUUAAGCGAGGAUGGAUGGAAGCAUAUUCUAACGGGGGUCAUGGUGGGAUAGGCUUUGCCUCGACUGAAACCACGCUACUGACCCUAUCCUUCCUAACGUUUGCAGUUUUUCUGAUUAAAUUGGUUCUGCAAGUGAUAAACACGAUCAAAUCUAAACACUACAUGUACACUAUGACUUCCCUGAAUAGGCCAACAAUAAAACUGAAGCGAAGCAAACGCAGUCGUGAAGAGGAGGAUCUGUUGAACCGCAAGCUGAACAUUAUGAGUGCUAUCAAUAGCUACAAAUUUAAUUGAAAAAUAAGGGCUGAUGAAAUAGCUUUGAACAAGCUAAGCAAUAAAAGAAGCCUAUUUUGCCGACGAAAGCAUCCCUCAAUUCGAAGAACGGGAUUUGAAAUGCACUUUAAUAAAUGAUGCCUCAAUUAA